UGUGAUAAUGGUAAUCAAGUUUCCGUCUUUCCCUAUCAUCCUUUGUUGAUCGGGGCGGGGAUCAAGCUUCGAGGGCUAGUGUCCACUGGCAUUCAGUGCGGUGGGUAGAGUAGAAAAAUGGAUGAGAAAGGGAAGGGAAGCGAGAGGUGGAGCGGAGCGAUCACAAAUCUGACGGAGAUGUCUUCCAAUUUGGAUUCACUCCAAAAGCUUCUCCUCAAGAAAGCCGUCUUUGUUGACGAAGACACUUUUACCAGAGCCUCUCUUACCGCUGAACAAUCCCGGACCAUUAAGGUUCUUCAGCAAAGAGUGGAAACAUUGGAGAGAGAACUUGAUGCUGCCAUCACUGCUGCUGCUCAUGCUCGUUCUGAAAAGCGCCAGGCUGAAGCAGCACAGAAAGCAGCUGAAUUACGUGCACAAGAGAUUACAAAAGAGCUUGAGAACACGACAAAGGUGUUUGAGCUGCACAUGGAAGAGCUGCGUGCAAAGCAAGAAGAAAUAUCGAAGCGUGAUAAGGACAUCAAACUCCUGGAAGCCAUUAUUCAAACACUUGGGGGAAAAGAAUCAUGUUCUGGUUCUGUGUAAUUUUCUUCUUAUUUCAGGAUUUGGUCUAUAGAUCAUUUUUUCCUUACCAUGUAAAUUGUAUCAUAUGCGUAUAUAAAGAUCAUUACCCAAUAUGGUACAUGAUGUUUUCCUAAAUAAUGAUCAUUACCCUCAGUGAACGAUAA